UUUAUGUCAGUGGUAAACGUAGAAGGAUAAUAUGUAUUGUGUCUGGCUGGGUUAUCAUAAAAAAUCUUUACAUACAUUUUACUUCUCACAGGCCCACAGGAUCGGAGUUAAACAAAAUGUUUACAAAUAAUGAAAUGUAAGCUACAAAGUGGUAUCCGAACGGUAGGCACCACAACUGUAUGUGGCAUGUGUAAGGAUUUAAAUUAACAGAAACAUACGUCGUGACCCGACGAUGUUUACAACUCGGGUAAACGAAAAACGGAAGUGUAUACCUCAACACAAAGACGUCUUAGUAGGAACAAAUAAAUACAAGAGAGUUUGUGUAGGACUUAACUCGAACAUAUGCACCACAGCAUAGAGGUGUUUGAGGAAAGAAAAAUGAAACACGAAGGUGUACACAACGGCUAACAGAAGUUUGGGUUAUGACGAAAGAAACUCGAACAUAUGCAUCACAGCACAGCGGCGUUUGAGUAAGGACAAAGGAAACCCGAAGGUAAACGUCACACACAGACGCGUUUCGGAAAGGUGAUAAACCUAUAGCUUAUGGAUGGAAUAUAGAAGGGACCUUGUGAUUUUACUUACUACGAUCGACACCGAGGACGAUGUGGCUGUAAUGGAUCUGUUGUUACCUGUUCGUUUUAGUAUGAAACAAAAUGUCGACACCAGAAAUAUAAACAAUGUUCAAAAUAAAUUCGGCAUUAGUGUAUGCUGGUAUAGAUCGAUGAUAGGACGACCCUACCAGCAAUGACAAUGAAAAGAAGGAAUCUGUGUAUAUUGUACAUAUAAAAGUUCAUUUUACGUUAACCGGUGACGUGUUUGAUAAGCUUACAAACAGUUGACUUAAGGCCAUCUUAUUCAUGGUCAAGUGUUAACAAACAGUUAAACACACACACCACCCGUGUCGUGGUACCACCCAAACAUAGGUGGUCAGUCCAGGGUGUAUGUGUAUAUACGUAUACUGUAUUGGUCAAGUAAGUGGACAUUGUCAGUCUGUCCGUUUAAGGGAACUUUGGGGUUUAACGUAACACCACAGACACAAUUGAACCACCCGUAGCAUCGCCUCAACCCAGGAUGACCAAAAUGACCACUCAGUAACCGUGUUAGCUGCAAAGUAUUCCCACUUUCCACUGUCUAGAGUGAAAGGCUACAGUGACGUUACAACAUAGCCAUUUACUAAUCUGUGCCAGGACGUAUAUUCCGGAGAGUGUAGAUUAUUCUUUAAAUAGUAACUGACCACGAUGACGUAAGAACAGAGACGAGUACACCAACCAAGCCGGAAUAGACACAGAUGAGAUUCCAUCAAAAUGACAAGUGUGAGUGACCUCGACAAACAAGAAUGUAGAAUGAUAAAAAACAGUACUAAAGAUAAUCUCUGCAUGGCUUGUUUACACGAAUGGAUAUCACGUAAAAGGGAUGAAAAUAUACGAUGGUAAAAGUACAAUACAUUUCAUAGUGUUAUCGACAUAAAGAUUCUUAUAUUUGCCUUAAGAGUUGUUGAAUAGUCGUCACCUUCCAUUUGAAUCGUUCUUUUUACCAAGUUCUCUAAUAUAUAAAACGACAAUGGAACCUACUUCAAAUGCAUGUGUUGCCGUCUUGGAUUUUCUUAUGAGUUUCCUUGUCAUUUCAACCUGUGUUGUGUUUUUUUGGAGAGGAACUUGGGGCAUAUUUGAUGCAUAUCUUUAUCCCGAUAACAUGGAACUCAGUGCUUGGAUUUGCUUCACCUGUGGGAAUUUUGUCCUGAUUUUUACAGGCCUCUUACAGACAUAUAUAUCAAGGAUAAAUACUUUUAAAAACAUUGUAGUGCAUUUCAUUCUCUCGAGACUUCAUAUUUAUAUCAUUUCGACCGGAAGUGUAGCACAGUGGCGUGGUAUAUGGAACUUGCAGGAUCACUACACAGGAACGUCGUGGCAGAGCGCCUUGACAUCAACCAUUAUUGGCUCCGGCGUAAUAUGCUGUCUACGAUGUACCAAAUCAAUCAUGACGUCAGCACCAUUGCUAGUUGCGCAUGAUACGGAUCACGUGACGCUGUUUAGGGUAACAGGCAGACUCGGGUCAGAGGUCGGCAAUUCACCUCGGUUUAUGGUCGACAUGGUGAUGACUCCUCUGCUUGUCCACACCUUCGUCGUCGUAUUCUGGCGUGGACUAUGGUCAUUGAUGAAUAUCUACUUAUAUCCGGAAGACGACGCUCAAUCCGGGAUCUACUCUCUAGUCGCGGGCCUCGCUUUGGCAUAUCCAACUGUCAUUGGUCAACAUCUCAUUCUGCCAUUUGUCAAAAAUCCAGACAAUAAACACAGCAUGUGUAGGGUAUUACUUUUGAACCUGUAUCUAGUCAUGGCUAGCUGCUUGCCUGUCGCUCAUUGGAGAGGGAUUUGGUUUUUGCAGGAUGCAUGGUUGAUUCCAGAAAAUAAGGUAAUUAGUGCCUGGAUGUCGCACACCAUAGGAUUCCUCGGUGGUGUCCUCGUGUUAUCUUCUAAAUCUAUACCUGUCUCGGGCUGUUUUUUGGAUAGCAGCAUUGGUAAGGAUAACCAACGGCUCAUCAAUUUGACUUAUUUCAAGAAGCUCUGGGACAAUGUAUGCAAUCAGGAAAGUGCUAAAUGUCAAAACGGCCAUGAAGAGAAAGACAUUGCUUCGAGACAAAAUUACGAAAAUAAUAAUAAGGCAAUCGAGUUCACUUAUAUAACCCACUUAUAACACAGUUAAUGUUUUUAGUUCUAUCUACAGAACUUUCAAUGGUUAUCAAAUAAAGAAUCACAGAUAGUAGAUAUGUUUAAAUUGUUUUAGUGAGCUGAAAUUGCUUAAAACCGGUCACUUUGUUCGGAAUUGUGUCGUCUUUGUAUGCGCUGAAGUAUUUGUUUAACACACGAUAUUUAAAAUUACCAGUCUCUGUCAUAUGGACCUGAUACUUUGUUACAACUAUAGUUGGGCUUAAACCAAGUUAUUCAAAGUAAUUUUACACGUUUUAGGGUUUCAGAUCAAUUCUCGAUAAAAAUCGCAAUGGUCGUAUACACCAUCAUUACGUCAUUAAGGGUUGCAUUUUACCAAAAGUUGAUCUAACAACCUUAACCCAGUAAAAUUACUCUUUACACAUCAGUUAAGGUCCAAGUAUAGCUGUAACAAAUUCUUCCCCGUCAGCCGUGAGAUCUAGGGCGUUUGACAGCGUGUGGAUUCCUUUGUGCUCACCGACACCGCGUAUGUGUGCUUUUCAUAGACGGUGACUAAAUAUAUUUAAGUAACGAUGGGGGUACUUCUGUAUUCUGUUUUCUGUUAUAAAGACGAGAUUAAAAAUGGUUAUCAUUGUUGGUUCAGUGGACUGGACAGCACUGGGACCGUAUUAUUUGACCGGUUAGCAGAGCAUUCCGGACUGCAGAGAGUUGUAUAAAACUUUAUGAGAACUAAGAA